GCCAGAGCCAGGGCAUCCAUCCAAGAGAGUGCGGGAUGAAGUCGUUUUUCUGCCUCGUCGCUACCGUGAUGUCGAUCGAGGCCCAUCCCGUGAGGGGCUCAAGGAGGGGCCGUAGUAGGGACCCACACGGGGGCGAACCAUCAGGGCUGAGUUUAGAGGGAGGUUCCUUCCCAUUGGUUCGUACACUCAUAUAGCCCUCCACAGAACGCAAGGGCGCUGUGGGAAUGCAGAAGCCUGGCGCGCCUACCCCGCACAUGGCGGCUAGCUUGGCGUGAUCAAACGGAGACCGGAAGAAUGUCGGAAGUUCGCUUGGUCCAUAUCCCUUGGGUCCUUAGCGCCACUAAAAGUUAAAAGAAAGAAUCAGGUCUAAGAGAAUGAGAAGGAGGAGGGUGAAGGAGACUCACUCGGGCAGCUUCAGAGAGAGGCGAGGAGGAGGCGGGUACCACACACAGCCGGGGAGGAGUCUGUCUGCAGCCUUCUCGCCUCUUCACUUGGCUUUGCCUGGCCUGCAGCGGAGCAUCCAGCGAUCGAGGUCUGCAAAGAGGGAAAGGCGGCGGAGGAGAGAUCGCCAGAGCCUGCAUCCUGGACUAGCGGGAAAGGGGAGAGGACCAUCAAAGGCUUGGCCCCACCAUGGGCAAAAUGGAAGGGUUAACCCAGCGCUGCCAGGCCCUGCUCCCAGCCGUGCCCAGCGUCCCUGCCCGCCCAGGAGUCAUCCUUUUGCUGCUGGCUGUGUGUUUAUCAUCCCUGAUGUACCCCACGCUGAGGAUCAUCACCCUCCAUCUGAACUCCGCAAUCACCGGCAGCUACGUCUCUGGAACCCACUCCGUCGCUUUUGUGAACUGCCCCAACGAGCAGACGGCGAGAGACAUCGCAAGGGCAAUCAUGGACCGGAAACUGGCCGCUUCCGUGAACAUCUUCCCCAAGGCUUCCACUAUGUAUAUUUGGAAAGGGGAGAUCGAGGAAGCGACGGAGAUCCUCCUGCUGGUGAAAACAAGGACAUCGAAAAUUGGCGAGCUGUCAGACUAUAUCAGGUCUGAAUCCCCCAGAUCCAUGCAUCCUUUUGAAGUUCCGGAAUUUUUCAGCCUGCUGAUUGACCAGGGGAAUCCGGCUUCUCUGCAAUGGAUGGAUGACAGCAUCCCUUUCAACUAAUUGCUGAAAUCUAGAAAUCGCUUCUUCCUGGGCUUUCCCAAAGGACACACGGAGAACGCCUGUUAUCCUGACACAACCUAUCGCAAUCACAGGGUGCAAAGAAGGGAUCUUUUUGCGGGUUUCAGGACAAUCCGAGGGUGAAACUCUGCACUAGAGUAAGCCAACUCUUUGGCACAAAUUACUCCGGCUUGGUUUUCGUGUCAGGGGAGGGACGGCCUCCAAAGAAUACCGCUGAACGAGAAGCAGACUUGAAACCAGCACACGGGAAUGGAGCUAGAGGACCGCAGGCCAGGAUAUAAUACAUACUGGGUACGUGUGCGUUUAGUUCAGAUAUAUUGGCUUGAAUUAAUUACCCAGAAUAUAGACUCAUCAUGCAUUGUGUCUUGGCUAUCCAAAUCCUGAAUAAUAAUUAAAAAAACGGCUGGAUUCUGCAAGCUUCCUCAAUUCCGCAAGCAGAGCCAAUCGGCAUACUGCCGAUGGUUUUGCGGAAUGAAUUCUGCCAUGCUUACUACUUUGCAGGUUAGAUGUGGUAUCCUUUUCCAGGCCGGGUUGCAUCGGCGUCUAGGGGGGGGAAAAUGCAGUAGUAACCCAAGCAGGGAAAGCACUCCAGAGACAGCUCACUGGGUGUCAGGAAGCGGAGCUGUGGGGAGAAGUCACUAGGGGGCAAGAGGCCAGAGUCAGGCCGUCUUCUAGACAGGAUCCGAGCAUCAGGAACUAGCCGAGGGUCCAGCCAAGCAAGUUGUCAGAGGAUCAAGCAGGGAGUCCAAAGUCCAAGACAAGCUAGGGUUAAACCCAGCCGGUAGGCGAGAUGCCAAGCCAGGCACAGCAGAACUCGGGAAAGAUUCACAGGCUGGCCUCCGCUAGGAAGCCCUUUAUAAUUCCCGGUUAGAGGGGAAGGCCAAUGAGUGAUCCCAGAAGGUGGGGCCUGUCCCGGCCUUCAGAAGCCUAGGAGUCUGCUGCAAUGCAGCAGGCUGCCAGAAGGGGCAGCGAAGUGCAGGGCCCCAGAGCAGGCAGGGACCAGGAUCAGCACCAGGGACAGAUCCCUGGGAAGGAGCAGGCUGGAUAGAAGGUGUUCCCCAGGCAACGAACUAGGACGUCGCUCCAGCAAUGAUCUGUAGGCAGCUGGGGGCUUAAAGAGUCCUCCCAUCAGACUGCGAUCUUCCGUUCCACUGGAAUCGAUGGGACUUAAAGGAGCCGCGCCCUUUCCCUCAAGAGGUGGCUUCAGCAGAGCUGGGGGUCUUCUUGCACUCUUGAAGUCCUCGGCGUCAAAUGGGAAGGAUACAGUCACCUCCUCCGGCUGUGCUGGUGCAGGUCCUUGGGCCUUCUUUAGGAACACAGGAAGCUGCCUUAUACGGAGUCCUACCCUUGGUCCAUCUAGCUCAGGAUUGUCUGCACUGACUGGCAGCAGCUCUCCUCCCACCUUUGCUUCCCAGAGCAGUUGCUUCUAGGCUCCUUCUGCGAAUGGUUCCUACACCCAUCCUUUUGUCCGAGACCCCGGAGGACUGCUGCCAGUCCGUGCAGACAGUACUGAGCUCAAUGGACCAAGGGUCUGACUCCCUAAACAGCCGCUUCAUAUGGCAGAUGGUGUUCUCCUUCCAAUUCUUCCUGCUUGGGUUUGGUUACAGUAGAGUAUGGGACAGCGGUCCCUGGAACAGGGAUUCCCAGAUAUUGUUGACUACAACUCCUAUC